AAGACCAACUUCGGGGAAGGUGGAGCCCAUGUCCCCUCUAUGCUCCUUGCUAGCUAGUUAGCGUCGAAAUAACCCAUCACACGUUGGCGAACGUAAUCUAAAUGCAAGGCUACAAACAGGGUGUUCCGAUAGUCCAUAGAACUGUUUAGCAAACCCGGGUCAAAUGGUUGACGAGACUGUGCAGACAUGGGUGACAUGAAAACCCCGGAUUUUGAUGAUCUUCUAGCAGCCUUUGACAUCCCAGAUGCCACGGGCUUGGAUGCCAAAGAGCCCAUCCAGGAGGGGAAUGAUGAGGUGCAUCUAAAACACUCGGGAGUAACUGCCAACGACAAUUUGAGUCAUCAAGCAACCCCUGCUGCGGAUGUUCCUGUUGUGAGUGUAAUUGUGAAAAACACGCAUCUUCAGGAGCCAUUGGAAAGUUUUGGAAACGGGCUCCACUCAGAACCAGCUUUGCAAAAUGGAUUUAAUAGACAAGGAUCCGGUGAGACGGCAAACAGUGUCUUCGGUAAAUCAUUUGUCUCUGCUCUCAAUGGGGAAUUUUCAAGUGAAUUUCUUGGAAAAGCACCAAUUCAACACAAACCUGAUGCAACGCCAUUUUUUUCCCAAUCAAAGUCUCGCUCGAGUCCUAUUUCCAGUCCUGAGCGUGAAGACAGUUUAAGAAGAAGAGAAAAUGCGCAUCCCAAGCUCGAGAGAUCCUGUUUCCCGGUAGAAUCCAAUUUGCUGGAACCCUCAGCAGCAGACAAUCCACAAAAAGCAAAUCUGUGUAUUUUCAAUGAGUUCCAGAAGGACAACGUGUCGCCCGGGAGAAGUGAGGAGCCACCUGACGGCGGUGUCGCUUAUAAAAUGACAAGAGCGCUCGGCGGCCUUCCUCGUCUAAGCAGUAACAAGACCUUAAGUCAGGCUACCUGCAAUUUAGUAGAUGACCUUGACCCGUUUUCUCAAAUGAAGCCAUACUCUUCGAUAGUUCCGUCUUGCUUUGAGGCUCUGGUUGCUCUCAAUGCAAGAAAGGAUCCCAGCGAGCAAACGAGCCAAAGAGACUCUCCAACAACGCACAGCGACUACACGAAAUACAGCCCCAAGGUACCCAGAUCCCCUCGUAGUCCCAUGAGCCCGCUCGAAGCGGUGAAGCGCCUCAUGAAGCCGCCCGACAGCCCCGUCAGCAUCUGCAGCGACAGCAGCGGCAAGGCCAGGGGUUCCCCCCCAGUCAUCCCCAAGGUCCGAAUAAAGACGAUCAAAACCACCAGCGGGCAGGUGAAGCGCACCGUGACCAGCGUGCCGCCCGAUUCCGAAACGGACGACGUCCACUCGGCUUACGAAUCCUCGCCGUCGCAGAGUUUGCUGAGUGAGGACGGAGCGUAUUCACCAAAAGUCUUGCACAGCAAAUCGGAGGAAAGGCCCAGGACUCCGACAUCGUUCCCCAAUUUACCCGUCAAAAGGUCAGCGCGUAAACCAAAGAGAACAUCUUCCGCCCCCCUUCCCAAAGCGGCACACCUUGCCAGUUUAAACCUGGUCCCUCACAGCGUCGCCGCUUCCGCGAGCGCCCGCUCCACCUCGCAUCGAUCCAGCCAGCACUCGCUCUCCUCAAUUGUGAGCAGCGCCGUCCCAUUGGUGCACCAGGUCAAAACCUGGCCACCGACGUUUGUCCCUAACACGGCGGCGGGCACUCUAAACCGGCUGCUGAACAAGGCCAACCCCGUGGCCACGUACGUGCCUGACCUGAACCCCCCGCCCGAGAGCGACAUCCGCCUCCCGGCGCGAGGCUACCGCUGCCUCGAGUGCGGGGAUUCGUUCGGGGUGGAGCGUAGCCUCGCCUUCCAUUCCAGCCGGCGGAGCGUCCACAUCGAGGUGGGAUGCGCGCACUGCGCCAAGACCAUGGUCUUCUUCAACAAGUGCGCCUUGCUGGCGCACGCCAGACAGCACAAGAACAACGGCGCCGUCAUGCAGUGCACGCAGCUCCACAUGAAACCCAUCGCCGAGGCCGACAUGUUCGUCCCUCUCGGUGCGGAGACGACGGAGUCUCGGGCCGCGCCGUCCCGCUCGCUUAAAAAUCAAGCCGUCAUGCCCCUCUAUCCGGACAACGUCGCCCACCACGGAUUGCGCUGCUUGGAGUGCAACGAGCAAAUGCCGGACCACCGGGCACUCGCUGGCCAUUAUCAGUCUCUGGCAGACGAAAAGAAAGGACUGUUUUGCAAGCUUUGCUCCAUGUUGCUACCCAACAGGUGCAGCCUGGAAGCCCACCAGCGCAUCCACACACUCAAGCCCCCUUAUUGCUGCCCCGAGUGCGGCGCCACGGGGCUCUCUGACGACAUUCAGAAGCACGUCCGGGAAAACUGUCUCCACUAUGCACGCAAAGCCUGGUACAAGUGUCUUCACUGUGAGGUGGUUUUCAAAACCCUUCUCGGGCAAAAGUCGCACAUUGAGGAGAAACACUGCGAGGUUCUCCACAAGUGCUCCGUCUGCCCGGUGGCCUUCAAAACCUCCGACAGCUAUGAAGCUCAUUUCAAGAGUAAACACAGCGCUAGCAAAAUCCCUCCUCAGUUCACCUUCAAGUGCUCAUGUGGUGACAUUUUCUCCAAGAAGUGGUUACUCUUUCAACAUUUCCAUCAGGACGCCAACAAGCGUCUCUCCUGCGUGUUCAAGUGUCCGGAAUGCAAUUCGGUCUUUUCUCAAAAGCAGCUGCUGAUGCAGCAUUUCAAGAGUGUUCAUGGAGGAGAGGCGAGACCAGAGACGGAAGUGAACAGUAAACAAACGAAAAAUAGCGCUUCGCAGCACCAGCCCAGUCCCAGCCGCGCCUCGGUAAAACGCACGGAGGCUCCCCGAAAAAAGGCGGCGCAGGACGGCAAGCCUAGAGUGAAGCCGUCGGGCUGGACGUGUGGCGAGUGUCUUCAGUGUUUCCCUGAGCGAGACCUUUACCUUUCCCACUUGAAGUCCAAGCAUGGCAAGUCAUUGAAGCGCUACGCCUGCCGACAGUGCGACCAGUCGUUCAGCUCGGCGACGAGCCUCCGAAGACACAUUCGCUGUGACCACCAGAGCAAGAAGAAAAUGUACACUUGUUGGUAUUGCACAGACAGACAAACAACAUUUACCAGCAGUGUGAUGAUGAAGAACCACAUCAGUCUUAUGCAUGGAAUCAAAAAUCCUGACCUAGGCCAAAUGCCAAAAUCCUCCAUCCAGGCAUGCAAAAAAGAUUUGAGCAAGAAUUCCAACGCGGUGACCUCAGGCAAGGAGGAUCAGGAGGUGGCGAAUUCCACGGAGGCUCCUUUAUCCAAGCGUCUAAAGAGGCAAUUGCGCUGUGCUAAGUGCGGAUUCGACACGGACGACGCCGACCGCUUCCGGGAGCACAUCGCUCAGCAUAGAAGCGCCGCAAACACUCCCCAGUGCCUUCACUGCGGCCUGUGCUUCACGUCGUCUCUGUCCCUCAGCAGACACCGGGUCAUCGUGCACAAAAUUAAAGAUCCCGAGGAGGUAGCGAGCGACCCUCGGACCAAAGCUGAGCCCUCGGAGACAGACAAGGACUCAGAUCUUACUCAGAUGUCAGGAGUGUGACGUCCACACGUCCGUCACUCAAGCUGCUUACCACAUGCUGCUACUCACGGUCACAUUUUGCAGCACAGUCAAACGAGAGGUCGAACAAGAAAACGGUAUUUUUAUAUUCAUAGUUAUAUAUUCAGUGACAAACUGGUAAGCCUGGUUUCAUAGAUUUUUAUUUAACUUUGCAUGCUGGUUAUGAGAUUCAUUCUGCCUGUCAGACUGUGAGUCAGAUUUUUUAUUUUUUUUAUAUUCCAUUAUAUAAAGAAAAAAAGGGUUUUAAUUUUGGUACAAACAGAUAACAUGGAUAAGAUUGUGCUUUCCAUUUUUGUAGUCAACUUACUUAAAUUUUAGUAUUAAUGCCACCAAAUGUCUAUCGAUGGCAUUCCUGGCACUGUUUUUAUGCACUAUUUGUUUGAAAGCAGUACUAAUCAUGAAAAUGAAAUGCCUUUCACUAUAUUAUAAGCAUUAUAUGCUUUUUUAAAAAAAAUGGCAAAGCAGGGAAGGUUGGUGAAUGUGAGGUUUAGCAGUAUUAAAAAUACCUCAGUGUGCCGCAAAAUGACUUUUGGAGGAGUUCUAUCAUGUCAAAAUCGAGGUACGUUAACAAGAUCGGAUAUCGCGUGUCGUGACUAGCGAAAAAUAGGAAGAGCAAGUGAGGGAUCCCUUGCUUUGACAGGGUUUUUGGUUUUAAGUGUGACGGUAACUACCUCCAUUAUAAAGGGCAGUGAUUGUGAAAUGCGCAGAGGAGUCGCAAAUAAUCUCAGUGCAAUGCAGAAUGAGUAUAAUCCCAUAUUAUGAAAUUUUAUAAAUUGAUUUCGGGAACCAUAUUGAGUCAUGUUGACUUGUGAACCACCAUUUUGUAACUUCUGCUUGUUCAUUUUCUUUCUCUCUGCAACCUUAAAUGGCUGACAUGUAUGAUUUGCCUUUUUGUGCUCGUUGAAGGAUACACUUUUUUUUUUAAAUUUUUGAUUCCUUGUACAGUGACAACUUGUAUACCUGCCUUAAGAGCCUUUUUUUUUAAGAUAAGACAUCUAUUCAGCAUGUAGUGGCCUGUGUGCCUUACUAUUAUGUUUACCCAAAUUACAUACAAAUAAAUUGGUGCAUUUAUUUA